UUUGUCGGAAGUAGGCGUUCGAAUUCAUAAGGGAAUCCCGCUUCUCCGUCCUAUGCAAGUUCCUGCCCGGGGCCUCGACGUUCCCCGGUGCCCACGCGGGAAGCAGCGUACGGACGGCGGGGUGAGGUGAGGCCUAAUGUGAGACACCUGCCACCACCAUUGCUCCCGCAGCAAUCAUCGGGUGCAUGUGGUGGCCUGCAACCUGUCCAUCUUCUGGAACUACAAUUCCCAGGAGCUUUGCGUCCAUGACUCCCAGUUCAGCAAUGUGUUCUUCUUCAUCUUUGGACCUCUCAUAAUGUUCCUCAUGCAUCCUUAUGCCCAGAAGCGCACCUGGGCCAUCUACGGAAUCUCAGUCCUCUUCAUGGUCAUAGGUCUGUUUUCCAUGUAUUUCCACAUGACACUCAGCUUCCUGGGCCAGAUGCUGGAUGAGAUCUCCAUCCUGUGGUUGCUGGCCAGUGGCUACAGCGUGUGGUUGCCCCGUUGCUACUUCCCCAAGUUCAUCCAGGGGAACAGGUACUACUUCAGCUGCCUGGUAAUUACGACCACUAUGAUCAGCACCUUCUUGACGUUUGUGAAGCCCACGGUCAAUGCAUACGCCCUUAACAGCAUCGCCAUACACAUUCUCUACAUUGUGCACAGAGAGUACAAGAAGACCAGGAAUGGGGAUCUCCGGCAUCUGAUUAAGAUGUCUGUGAUCUUAUGGGCUGCUGCACUCACCAGCUGGAUCAGCGACCGUGUACUUUGCAGUUUCUGGCAGCGGAUUCACUUCUACUACCUGCAUAGCAUUUGGCAUGUCCUCAUAAGCAUCACCUUCCCUUAUGGUAUUGUGACCAUGGCCCUGGUGGAUGCCAACUACGAGAUGCCAGGUCAAACCCUCAAAGUCCACUACUGGCCCCGGGAUAGUUGGUUCAUUGGGCUACCCUAUGUGGAGAUCCAGGACAAUGACAAGAGCUGCUGAGCCCUGCUGGAGUCUCUGCUCUCCAACCAGCCACCCAGUCUCCUGUGCUCUGAAGAUAGAGGACCAGGACUUCAUCUGGGACACUUGUGGUCCCUUCUCCUUUCCCUCAUGCAUGCUCCAUGUCCUGCUCUGUUGCCACAAGAUGGGCUUUCUUGUGGCUCUGAGUACUAGUUUGAUGACUGAGUGUUGGGGGCUGCCUGGCAUGCUGCAUGACUGGCCUGUGUCCUCCUUCUGCCUGUCCAGCUUCUCCACACCAUUGAUGUAGGUAGAUGGGUGGAAGGGUGGUUAUGUGGCUGAUACAACACCCGCUUGAAGCAUGAUGCUUCUGGGACUAUUUAUGAGUGUUAUAGAUUCAACUUGGGUCACAACUGUGUUCUGGGAGAGUAAGGAGUCUCCUAGGGAACAUUGUUGGCCCCACCCCUAUCUUUGAACCACAUACAUGCUCAGUGCAUGGUGACAACAUGAUGGCCACGGGGGAGGGAAAUAGAGCACCGACCUGGGUAAUGUCAUGGAACAGGGUGUGUGAGAGGGACAUGGUGGCCAUUCUAGGCACUUAGUGGGGAGGCCACUGUGCUGCUGGACUCUCCCUUCGGCCUGGUCCCACAGGCACUUCAGCCCCAAAUAAGCACACAAAGACUUAUAUUAAUUAAAAAACUGUUGGUCGA